AUGGACUCUCCUCUCAAGGAUGUCUCUGCAAACCUUCGCGAUAUGAAGCUCGGUACAUCGCCCAGCAAGAGCGGUGGGCUCAAAGCAAACUCGGCACGCUUAGGACUCUCUCGAAAAGAUCGGCUGGACUCUGUGCCGUCUGCCUCUGCUGAUCUCAAAGUGGGAAUCACGAGAGACUGGCAGGGUCCAGAUAAGGCUCUGAAGCCCAAGGUUGCAGCAAGUAUUUCUCGUGGAGACAGAUACAUCCCAAACCGCGAACUCAAACGAUCAACAACACCACACUCUCAUGCCGACGCUGACGGAGACACGAUACGUUCGCAAAUGUCGGGCGACGCUACCGACCCCAACAUUGCAGCCAACAUCGCAGCGGCCAGUGCGAACCCGACCGAUCUGGACGGACACCCAUCCUUUGAAGAUUCGGUCUCUGCAGAAACGGGACAACGAAUCCUCUCGUUUUCGGCUGCACCUCCCAGUUCGUUGGCGAAUCCGGAUGUGAGGAGCCGAUAUGCCAUGACAAAGCCUAAAUCCACCUUGCCGAGCAGUCUGCAGAGCGCGGGACGUCGAAGAAUCCCCACCACGCCAGAGCGGACGUUGGACGCACCGAGCAUGGUUGGUGACUUUUAUUACAAUUUAUUGGACUGGUCUUCCACCAACAUGGUCGCGGUGGCCCUACAGACUGGUUUGUGGAUCUGGAAUGGAAAUACGGGAGACGCGAGCGCGCUGCUGGAUACGUCAACGCAGGCAGAGAAGGUGGGAGGAGGAGGAUUGAUCACGGGACUGCGAUGGGAUGCAGACGGCAACAUCCUCGCUGUCGGUUUGGAAGGAGGAUUCGUGCAAAUUUGGGAUGUCGAGAGCAGCACGCGCAUGCGAACGCUCAAACCGAGCGGCGAUGGUGGUGCAGACCACGCUUCGGUCAAUGUAGCCGCAUGGGCACCAGAUGGAACGCUCAAUGCUGGAUUCCAGUCUGGCAUCAUCCGAGAGUACGACGUUCGAGAGCGCGACGCGAUCACUCGAACAUUGGAAAAAGCCCACCACGGGCCGGUGUGUGGUAUGGAGUGGCGAUCGGACAGUGCGCUGAUGGCAUCUGGCGGAAACGACAACGUGGUCAAAGUGUGGGAUCGCCGCACAUCGGUCGCCAAGAUGCGCAAGGAAAAUCACCAGGCGGCAGUAAAAGCUCUGGCUUGGUGUCCGCACAACCUCAGCCUCCUGGCAACGGGUGGAGGAACCACCGACCGUAACAUUCACUUCUGGAACACGACGCAGAACUCUCGAACCAUGACCAUCUCGACGGGUGCUCAGAUCACUUCGCUGCAUUGGGCACCACACUAUCGUGAGAUUGUCUCGACCCAUGGAUUGGGUACGACCGAAUCGAGCAAAGGUUUGCUCAACAUCUGGUCGCAUCCACAGGGAACCAAAGUGGCCGAGAUCGAGGCGCAUGAAAAGAGGGUGUUGCACUCGAGCCUCAGCCCCGACGGCGAGGUGCUUGCAACUGUCAGUGACGACGAAGAGUUGAAGCUCUGGAGGAUCUUUGAGAAACCGCAAGAGUCGAGCAAGGCUAGCAAGGCGAGUGGCGGGUUCGGAUCGCAUAACGCUGGUGGCGGUCUCAAUGUUCGCACACUUCGCUAG